GAUCAUCUGUUAUGAUGUUGUAGAUCUGUUACAAAUAUGAUUAUCUGUGGCAUGAGGUGUAAAGGCUCUCUUGCAUCUUGGACUCAGCAUGAUGGCUGACUUACUAUGUAAUUAUUUCUAAUAAUACAAAUAAAACAAAGUACAUAAACUACCAAGUGUUUAAUUACGAUAUAUACAAUCGUAACAUGGCGCUGCGGCAAUAAGAUCCCAUAGUAAGUAACAAAAAACUAUUGGGAAAAGAAAACUGGUUUGGGACGCCAUAUUGGGUAAAGAAAAUAUUCAAAAUGGAUAUGUUAAGACCACCAACAGCACUCAAUUUGACAGGAAAUAAUAUAAAAAAUGCUUUCAAAAAUUGGAAACAGAAAUUUCUACUGUAUUUUGAGGCGAGCGGUGCAAAAGAUAAAUUGACGGAGAAACAACAAACGGCCUUACUGUUGCACAGCAUUGGGGAUGAAGGAUUAGUCAUUUACAACACAUGGGAAGACAAAGAAAAACUGUUGUAUCUGGAAAUACUAAAAAAGCUUGAAGAACAUUGUAGCCCGCCCAGUAAUGAAACAUAUAAUAGACAUAUCUUUUUCAACAGAAAACAAAAAGAAGGGGAAAAUGUAGAAGAAUUUGUAACAGAGUUAAAAAAACUAAGUUUAGAUUGCAAUUUUGAUAAGUUGAAAGACGGACUAAUUAGAGACCAAAUAAUUAUAGGACUGAUAGACAAUGAACUUAAGGAGGAACUACUAGGCGUGACAGAUUUGACUUUAGAGAAAUGCAUAAACAUGAGCAGAGCGGCAGAAACAACUAAGGCUCAGAUGGUGUCUAUAAAGAACAAAAGCGAAGUUGCUAGGGUAGAGAUCGGAACAGGACAGAAGAGACCAAGUAGACCAAUGAAAAAGGAGCACUAUAGUGAGAAAAGGCAGCCCUCGAGGAGCAGAGAGAGAAAACCGAGUCAAGCAAACCACACCAACUCUAGAAGACCCUGUGGCAAAUGUGGAAGACAGCAUGGCUAUGCAAAGUGCCCAGCAUUUAAUAAGAAGUGUGUCAAGUGUGGCAAAUACAACCAUUUUGCAGCCAUGUGUCUUAACAAAACUUGUGGUUCUGUCUAGGUGAACUUCCAUAUGAAUAUAAAAUUAAAUUACAAGACAAUAAUGUACCGAUAGCUGAGCGACCCCGGAAAAUACCAUUUAAAUUAGAAGAAAAAGUGAAAUCUGAGUUGGACAAACUGGAGCAGGCAGGUGUCAUAAGGAAAGUUACCGAGCCAACGGAAUGGGUAAAUUCAAUGGUAGUUACAAAAAAACCUUGUGGAAAUAUUAGAAUUUGCUUAGAUCCUCAGAAUUUAAAUAAAUAUAUAAUUAGAGAACGGUAUAAAAUGAGCACUUUUGAGGAAUUAGUAGCCAAAAUGCCUUCUGCUAAAUACUUUAGUGUUUUAGAUGCAUCAAAAGGAUUUUAUAUGGUGAAAUUAAGUGAGGACAGUCAAUUAUAUACAACAUUUAAUGCUGGUAACUUUGGUAGAUAUUGCUACAAACGCUUACCCUUCGGUUUGAACUCGGCCCCUGAAGUAUUCAGUAAAUAUUUUGCAGAUAUCUUUAAAGACAUUAAUGGAGUAGAACAGUAUGUUGAUGAGCUUAUAGUAUGGGGGGAAACACUUGAACAACAUAAUGAAAGAUUAAAAAUGGUGUUAGAAAAAGCAGAAAAAUCAGGUGUCAAAUUUAAUAAAGAUAAAUGUCAAUUUGGGGUAACAGAAGUAAAAUAUGUAGGACAUAUUUUGAGUGGUGAUGGUAUAAGACCUGAUCCAGAGAAAGUUAGAGCUAUUGUAAGUAUGGAAGAGCCUAAAAGUAAAAAACAAUUGCAAACAAUAUUAGGAAUUGUCACAUAUGUAGCAAAGUUUGUACCUAAUCUGUCAGAUGUAACUUUUUCAUUGAGAGAACUACUUAAAAAAGAUUCUGAGUUUAUAUGGGGUGAAAAACAGAAGAAUGAUUUUGAGAAACUAAAACAAGUGUUAACUUCACAACCGGUUUUAAAAUACUUUGAUAUUGAUUCUCCGAUAACUUUAUCAGUGGACAGUAGUAGUACAGGACUAGGCGCAGUCUUACUUCAGAAUAAUUCACCGGUAGCAUAUGCAUCUAAAGCUUUA